AUGAAAAAGAAGAGUGGAAACGGGGCAUGUGUAAAAGAGAAAAUAUCGCAUUGGCAUUUGCUUCUUGAUCAGGGUGUUGUUAUAAAAGAAAUCGCUAGAUGGGAUUAUGAGGGUUCAGGCACAACGGACAAUCCCUACAUUGUUGAAUGGAUAAAGAAUGACCCUCGAAAUCCUAUGGAAUGGUCUGGCCUGAGAAAGUGGAUCUAUUGCACAAUAAUGGGAAUUGCAACUCUUGCUAUCUCACUUUCUUCUUCGGCGUAUGGCGGAGGUAUUGAGCAAAUCCAACGGGACUUCCAUGUCAGCAACGAAGUCGCCACACUUGGAGUAUCCAUGUUCGUCUUGGGAUUUGCCCUUGGGCCUCUACUAUGGGCGCCGUUCUCUGAGAUGUACGGUCGACAGGUUGUUUUUGUUUCCACAUUUUUGGCUUUUGUAGCUUUUACUGCAGGUGCAGCUGGAUCGCAAAAUAUCUGGACCCUUAUUGUGCACAGAUUCCUUGCAAGCGCAUUCGGAUCUAGCUCGCUCACAAACGCCGGUGGUGUUAUUGCAGAUAUGUUUGCACCAAAGCAGCGUGGUCUGGCUAUGGCAGUGUUUACCGCAGCCCCAACUCUUGGACCAGUUAUUGGCCCUAUCGCUGGGGGUUUUCUAGGGAUGAAAGAAGGAUGGAGAUGGAUUGAAGGGUUCCUGGCUAUCUUAUCAGGCGUAUUAUUUAUCCUCUCGAUUGUUGUUGUGCCAGAGACAUACGCACCGACACUUCUCCGUAAAAGAGCAAGAACCUUGUCACGAACAACGGGAAAGGUGUAUCUAUCGAAAAUUGCGAUAAAUCGAGGGAAACGUUCGCUGAUUGGCGCGCUCCGUAUGGGAUUGAGAAGGCCAUGGGUUCUGCUGCUUCGUGAGCCAAUCGUACUCCUUUUAUCCCUUUACAUGGCAGUUAUAUAUGGAACACUUUUUAUGUUUUUUAGUGCUUACCCUAUUGUUUAUCAUGUUCACCGGGGAUGGAACCAAGGAAUCGCCAAUCUUCCUUUUAUUAGCGUCGCUAUUGAUAGAUUGCAUUCCUCGAUUAUUGCGGGUGUAGCUCUUCCAGUCGGCCUCUUUUGGUUUGCAUGGACAAAUUCCCCAUCGUUACCUUGGGCGGCAAGUGCGGCGGCUGGAAUUCCCUUCGGUUUUGGUAUCUUAACUGUGCUUCUAGGCAUCACAAACUACCUAGUGGACGCCUAUACAAUAUAUGCAGCUUCGGUCUUAGCAGCUAAUAAUUCUCUUCGUUGUGUUUUCGGCGCAGCGUUCCCACUUUUUACAUCACAGAUGUAUUCUAGGCUAGGAAUUCAUUGGGCUUCUGCCCUCCCUGGUUUUCUUACUGUGGCGUGCUUCCCGUUGAUCGUUACUUUGUAUCGAUAUGGGGCUAUUAUUCGCAAAAGAUGCAAAUAUGCGGCUGAAGCACAAGCAUACUGGGAGGAAAUUCAUGAGCAAAAGCUUCAAAGAACCCAAGAGUCAUCAAACACGGUAUUAGCCGGUAGUUACAAGUAA